GUUCGACGACCAAGUUUUGUGUUGCAUGAUAACCUGUAUCGUUUGUAAUUUUUGACAGAUGUGUGAUGUUCAUAAUGAAACUAUCAAAGUGUGCCAGGCUUGUAAACGUAUUAAGCCAGCAGAAAUAGCAAACCUUUGUCCCGAAAAAGAGUCUCGUUAUCAUCUUUUUCGCUUCCGUUAUGUGUUUGAAGGUGAACAACGUUCUGCUACCUUUUUUAUCCACACAAUAUCUGGUAAUCAAAGCUCAGUAAAAACUCGAAUGUUGUAUUCUAGUUGCAAGGCAGCUUUACUGACUCGUCUGGACCGCGAAUUUAAAAUAACCUUUGAUCACAGAUUUGAAAUUGAUGAAACUAAUGAAUUGACCGCACAGUAUUUCAUGGAUAUAUUAUAUCCUAAACAUGAAGAAAAACAACUUACAUUUCAAAAACCACAAGGUCCUAUGGGACGUCGUCCCAGAACACAUAUCCUUUAACAAACAUUUCCUCCUAUUGAAUUUCCUAUCAAUUGUGUUGUAACACAUUGUUUUAGUUAUUAAUUUCCUUUUGAUUGCCUUCUAUUUUAUUAAUUUAUUCACUUCAGAAUAUUAUAUACAUAUAUAUAUGUAUAUUAUUUGAUAAUCGUUUGAUUUUCCAUGAUUCUUAUGCUUAUAUUGUUUUAUAUUAAAUUACAGAUUAACUGAAUUGCUGAAUUUGUUGUACAUCAUGUUUUUCUCUUUAUAUCGAUUUUAUUUCUUCUGUACACAUACUCAUUUAUAAUAUCGUAUGGUGUCCUAAAUAAAAUUCAAAAAAAAAAUUUUCCACAGUAUCUAGUUUUCAUUUACAUUUGUUUAUCAGUUCAGUUUAAUGCGUUAUCUUAUCACUUUGCCUUAUGGAAAAAUGAAGGCAGUUCUGUUUAUGAUUAUAAUUUUCUUUGAUUUAUGUAAUAGUAUUAUUGACCAACAAUCAAAAAUUUUUACCGAUACAGCCGUUUUUCAGAUAUAUAUAUAUAUAUAUAUAUA